ACCCAUGAGCUCGGACUUCCAGCAUUACAGUUUCAGGAUGCCGAACAUCGGGUUCCAGAACCUGCCUCUCAACAUAUACAUCGUGGUUUUUGGCACGGCCAUCUUCGUCUUCAUCCUCAGUUUGCUCUUCUGUUGCUACUUGAUCAGGCUCAGACAUCAGGCACACAAAGAGCUCUACGCCUACAAACAGGUUAUACUCAAGGAAAAGGUGAAGGAGCUGAACCUACAUGAGAUCUGUGCUGUUUGCCUGGAGGAGUUCAAGCCCAAGGACGAGCUCGGGAUCUGUCCCUGCAAACAUGCCUUCCACAGAAAGUGA